GUACUCGCGAUAGUCACAGCUGAACACUCCUCUGGUAUCCUCUCUUCUUCGACUGCGAAUACAUUGAAGGAAACCUCUGCCAAGAUGAGCGCGAUCCCGCCUGUAGCAGGCCCAGGCAUUGCCAAUGCUGAACGGACGUUAAAUACGCCUGGUCGAGUGUCUUUGUUGACACAACCUCGAAAUUUGGUGGUUGAUAACGUCACCAGCUCGCUCGGGAACCUCACUUUGCAACCAAAAGAUGUCGGCGUGUCUCCCGUGAACGGAGUUCUUGCUGCAGUGGGUGAUAGGCAGCAAGCAGCCAUCGGCAGAGACAAUGGCUCUGAUGAAUCUCAGAGGGCAGACUCAAACUCUGAGCUUGGAACGAAGCCCCCAAGCUUAGAUGGGAAGAGCAUCACGUCUGGAACGACGUUUGCCUUGGAUGAGAAAGAGUCUCUUCGUCCCGAUGAUAGUGCUAGUGUCAAGGCAGCUGGAGAGGACGAUGAUGCGUUUUCCGUUCGUGGAUCUCUCGGAGCAGGUUCCCGGAUGGAUUCCGAUCUUGCCCUGCGAGCUAGAGGCGUACAAAUGGGCGAUAUCUCAGAACGUCGGCUGUUGCACAUCACACCAGGCAGCUCUAGCCAGGGGGUUUUGACCCCACAGAGUACAUCGUCUGAACAGCAUCCGAAUGCUCGACCAGGAAUGUCUUCGUUACCUAGUGGCGAAGGAAACCCCGAUGCCUUGAACUUGAUAUAUCGGCACGCCCCUGACGAGAAACUUAUAGAGGCACUGACUUCCUCUAAGGAUAGACUCUUUCUUCUGAAGUUGGAGAAGGAGGUAAUCGAUUUUGUACAGAAUUCCAAGGAACCGUACAUGGAUCUCCCGCCAUCAAAUUCAUUUUGUCGAAUGUUGACUCAUAAACUGGCGGAUUACUACCACAUGACCCAUUCUUUCGAGCCAAACAUCGGGUCUGUGCGAAUCUUCAGGACCCCUUUUUGCCGGGUUCCAACUUCCCUAGUACAUUGGGACACAGCACCAAACCAGUCCAGCAGCAGCACACCCCCACCUGUGAUUGCGCCCAAGAAGAUCAUGAGGCGUGGGCAAGUUGAGGAUGGUGAUCUCAUCAGCGCCAGCCCUUCUAAGCCCACCUCUGAAGAUGGAAGUGAUGGCAAGGACGGGAAAGAUAAGCAAGGCAACCAAAAGCUCACCCGGGAAGAGCGGGAAGAGAUAUAUAAACUGGCAAGAGAGAGGAUUUUUGGCAGCUCAGAGGACACCCCAACAGAUGGAGAUGGUGACAAUGGAGUGUCGCGAGCCAGCUCUGUCUCUGCAAACCGGUCUAACCUUGGAAAAAGGGGAAAGAGUGGUAGACAAAGGCGCGACGACUCGGACAGUUUUGAUUCAAGAAACCAUUAUACCCCAUACUGGGGCCCUCAACAGCAGACAUGGGUACAACAAACUGCCCCGCCUCAAGGCAACCCAGGGCCCCCAUCACAGCCGUUUCCAGGACAAAUGCCACCGGUGUAUACUCAGCAAAACACAGGGUAUCCUGCUGUAUCUGGGAUGGUGUUGAGCCCCGGGUAUCCUAAUUAUCAAAUGGCACAAUACCCACCACCACAACAAGUGCAACAGCAACGAUACCCACCUCAUGGCAGCCCUAUGAACUCUUAUGGAUCUCCUGCUCCGGCUGCUCCAGCCACUGCAAGUGCGCAGCCCCAAACGUGGCAACCGGGUUAUAAUCCCAAUGGGCCCCAAAGCCGUGGAAGUGUACCUCCGACUGCUCAAUCACACAUGGGAAUUCCCUAUGCUUUUGGGCAGUUACCAGCGAACCUUAACCCACAUGACCCUAAGACCCAACAUCCCAUCCCUGGGAGUUAUAACAGGAACCACUCCUUCAAUCCCAAAACCCAAUCCUUUAUUCCAGGCGGCAACACUAUCCAGCCGGUUCCACCUCCUCAGCCCCCUUUCACUGCGCCAACGUCACACACCGGAAGUCCCCAAAUUGGAUCACCACAUCUCGCUUUCCCUCAAUACCAGCAAGGCGGCACCCCACAGCCAUAUGGUGGUGGUUAUGGUAUGAUCCGACAAGCAUCUAAUCACUCCGUUCCGGGCUAUGCCAGUCACCAACCCAUAACGGCCGCUUAUGUUCAACACCCUCCUCCCCCUCAGAAUCCGCAUCAUGGCCCUAUUCAACACCCACCAGGCAACAUGACGACUGCUAUGCCAAAUCGCCCGAGUGGACCGCCGCAUCAAAUGUUUGGUCACUUGCCCACCUACGGCAAUCCGGCGACUUUGCCACAGAAGCCUGCCACUGGCAUCUAG